AUGAAAAAAAGUUUGCCUUGUUUCAAAGAUCCCGAGGAUUAUAAAGGGUGUAACAGCAAGUGUACCAAAGUUCUCGAGUGUGGCCAUCCUUGUUCAGGAAAAUGCAAACAACGCUGUGAAUGCAACACCGAAAUUGAAGUUGAACUACCGUGUGGUCAUCGAAAACGAGUUUUGUGUCCAAAGAAAGACAGGCCACCACAGUGCGCCGAAAGAUGCAGGCGAGUACUGAACUGUGGACAUGAUUGCCACGGUAUUUGUCACGAAGACUGUGCAAUGCAAAAAUGUGAAAGUGUUGUCUUCAAAUUUCUUCCAUGCGGCCAUCAGCAAAGUGCUCCUUGCCACCUUGACCCCAAAAAGGCUUUUUGUUACGCUCCAUGCCAACGACAACUGGAUUGCGGACACAGGUGUUCUUCUGUGUGUGGCCGUGUUUGCCACGAGGUUCGAUGUGAGGAAAUGUGUCAAAAGAAGUGUAAGCGAGGUCAUGGCUGCCAACAACGGUGCCACUUUGGUUCGUCAUGUAAUGAUUGCAUGGUAGUGGUUAACAUGACAAUCCCCACAUGUGGACACAGCAUUGAGAUCCCCUGCCACGUUGAUCCAUCUUCACUGAGGUGUAAAAAGCCAUGCGAAAGAGUAAGGAUCUGCGGACAUCAUUGUCAAAACAUUUGCAGUAAAAAAUGUGAAGCUCAAGCGUGCAAGGAACUCGUAAAAACAACGUUACCAUGUGGUCACGAGGCAACUUUACCCUGUCACAAGGAUCCCGAAAAGUACAAAUGUCAGGAAAUAGUACAGGUUUGUCUAUCAUGUGGACACAAGACGUCCUUGGCCUGUCAUGUUGCAAAAGCGAAGGUAAAAGACAUAUUAUGCAACGUGAAAGUUGAGAAAGAACUACCCUGCAAGCACAAACUCACUCUUCCCUGUCACAAAAAUCCUGAAGAGUGCAAGUGUAAGAAGAAAGUGGAAGUCCAACUGUCGUGUUGUCAUAUGACGUCUCUCAUUUGCUCUACUGUGACAGCAGACUUACAAAAUGUUUCUUGCAAGGUUAAGGUGAAAAGAAGACUACCAUGUAACCACGAGAUAACUAUUCCUUGCUACAAAAACCCCAUGGAGCACAUUUGUGAAGAGGAGGUCGAAAUCACCCUUUCCUGUGGACACAAGAAGCUCACAACCUGCUCUAAAGCGAGACAUGGGCUGCAUGAUGAAAUCUGUGAUACAAAGGUGACAAGAAGAUUACAUUGUGGACAUGAAAGGGAGAUGUUGUGUUCAGACAAACCAGGUGAGGUUUUUUGUGAUGCUCCUUGCGAACGUCUCCUUCCAUGUGAACACCUUUGCACAAAAAAAUGUGGCGACGACUGCUCUAGCUUCAAAUGUGCCGUCAGAGUCCAGAAGCUCUUGGCAUGUGGCUCCCAUAAAAUUAGUUGUCGUUGCUCUGAUGAUGUGUCCCAGAUGAUUUGUCCAAAUGGAUGCAAGCGGAAAUUGUCUUGCGGGCAUAAAUGCCCUGGUAAAUGCUCUGAGGAUUGUAGUCAGUUCAAAUGCCAGAAAGUGGUCGUGAAACAUCUCAAUUGUGCAGGAAGGCAUUCUCUCAAAAUGCCUUGUAGCGAUGAUCCCAACACCGUAAAAUGCAAGGAACGCUGCAGCAAUAAGCUAGAUUGUGAUCAUCCUUGCCCGGGCCUCUGCAGCCAGAAGUGCGGAAGUUUAAAGUGCAUGCGAAGAGUGGACAAAACAUUUCCUUGCGGACACAAGGAACCACUACAGUGCUUUCAAAGCAAAACAGCGACCUGCAAGGAACGUUGUCGCCGACAAAAGAGCUCAUGCAAACAUAUUUGUAAAGGGGUCUGCGGCGAAGUUUGUUCGAAAUACCCCUGUGAUGUAGAGGUGACAAAAACCCUGCCGUGUGGUCAUAAGAUUAAAAUGCCUUGUAGUCGCUCUGUGGAAGAUGUGCAAUGUGCUGCUGCAUGUGAAAAAACCUUGCCAUGUGGUCAUCAGUGCUCUGGAACUUGUGACGAUUGCCAACAAAGUGGUUCACAUGAGUUGUGCGAACAUCCAUGUGGUCGCUUGCUUGUUUGUUCGCAUCGCUGUAAAGCAAGAUGUAGUGAACCUUGCCCUCCCUGCGACAGAAAAAGCGACCGACGCUGCCCUCACGGGCAAUGUAAAAAACGAUGUGCCCAGCCGUGUGGCCCGUGCAGAAGACCGUGCACCUGGAAUUGCCCUCACUACCAGUGCAAAAAUCUCUGUGGAGAGGAAUGCGAUCGCCCUCGCUGUAAUGCUCCCUGUCCCAAAAAACUGCCUUGUCGCCACCCCUGUAUUGGCUGUCUUCAAUGCUAG